AAUUGUACAAUGACAGAUUCUUUUUUGAACUUGUUUUCACUUGUAUUGUUGUAUAGGAUCUAAUUUCUACUUUCAUAUAUACCCCUAAAUAAAAGAUUAGGAUAAAAAGUGUAACCUAGGUUUUCUUUUGUCCAACUUUGUGAAAAAAUCAAAGGGCAGACAUAAUGGGACAGACAGAAUGAGCCCAUUGUUAGAUUGUACUAGGACUGAUGCUAUAAAGGGAAUAAAGGAAAAAUUGUGAAUCUGUUUGUUCAAACACAAGAGGCAGAGUCAGUGUGUCCCAAGGUUGCGAAUCUUGUUUGUCAUUCAAAGAUGCUUACUUUAAAUCUUCUUCCAUCCACUCAUGUCACUCUCUCCAAAUCCCACCCUAACUAUCUUGUCUGUCCAAAUCUUGGAAAGCUGAGAACUCUCUCAUUCACCAAACCCUCCAUUCAAAAUGGACACCCUUUUAGGUGUUUUGCAAAUCUUGAUUCACAGAUCUCUCAUCCAAGAUUGGAUUUUUCCAAAAUCCUGAGACACCCAUCUGGUUUUUCUUCAAGAAAUACUACUCAGAUCCUUCAAGCAGCCUCUGGAACCCCAGAUGAAGUGACCCCAGAUGGGGAGAUUGAAGGUUCAAAGCCAAAAGUGAAUCUUAAACUGGCACUCAUUUUUGGUCUGUGGUACUUUCAGAACAUUGUGUUUAACAUAUAUAAUAAGAAGGUAUUGAACAUCUUUCCUUAUCCAUGGUUUCUUGCUUCUUUCCAGCUAUUCUGUGGUUCGAUUUGGAUGUUAAUUCUAUGGGCUUCUAAGCUACAACCUUGUCCAAAAAUCAAUAAGUCAUUCAUCAUAGCCCUUCUUGGACCUGCUUUGUUUCACACAAUAGGCCAUAUUUCAGCUUGUGUUUCGUUCUCAAAGGUGGCUGUUUCUUUCACUCAUGUUAUUAAGUCUGCAGAACCUGUGUUCUCUGUUGUGUUUUCGUCGUUACUUGGUGAUACAUAUCCUUUGACAGUUUGGCUUUCAAUUCUUCCUAUUGUGUUUGGUUGCUCACUGGCUGCUGUUACUGAAGUGUCCUUCAAUAUGGGAGGCUUGUCAGGUGCUAUGAUCAGUAAUGUUGGGUUUGUUCUUCGCAACAUUUUUUCGAAAAGGAGUUUACAGAAUUUUAAGGAAGUGGAUGGGUUGAACUUGUAUGGUUGGAUUACCAUAAUCUCAUUGCUAUAUCUAUUUCCAGUAGCAGUGUUUGUGGAAGGUUCUCAAUGGGUGGCAGGGUAUCACAAAGCUCUUGGAACUAUAGGAAAUCCUAACACAUUUUAUCUAUGGGUUCUCGUAUCUGGGAUUUUCUAUCAUCUCUAUAAUCAAUCUUCUUACCAAGCUCUGGAUGAUAUUAGUCCCCUGACGUUUUCAGUGGGUAAUACUAUGAAGAGAGUGGUGGUGAUUGUGGCCACUGUGUUGGUAUUCAGGAAUCCAGUCAGGCCUCUAAAUGCGCUUGGUUCCGCUAUUGCCAUAUUUGGAACUUUCUUGUACUCACAGGCAACUGCUAAAAAGCCAAAGAAAGAGGCUGUGGAAAAGGAGGACUAGGAAGAUGGUUGUUUGUUUAGCACCGAGAAGCUUUUGAUCGAUGGCAUAUUGAAUUUUCUUACUUCAAAACAAAAACUUUUAUCAAUUCUAGGAGUUCGAUAUCUGAUGUAUGCCUCUUUUCCCCGUACUGCUUUUUGGUUUCUGCGGUUUAUACUUGAAAUCUUUCUAUCUGAAACUCUGGUGAUGAUGUUCCCAUCAAUUUUGAUAUGAGUUUAUUUGGA